AUGGCUCUGCAGGACGUGUGCAGGUGGCAGGCUCCGGAGGGUUUGUGUCCUCAGCUGCCGCAGGCUGGCUGCUGGGCCGUGCCCAGUGGCUGGGACCCCCCAACCUUCCUGCGGGCCCACGGCCCCAGCCUGGCCCAUGGCACCACCACCCUGGCCUUCCGCUUCCAGCACGGGGUCAUCGCGGCGGCCGACACCCGCUCCUCCUGCGGCAGCUAUGUGGCCUGCCCCGCGUCCCGCAAGGUCAUCCCGGUGCACAGCCACCUGCUGGGCACCACGUCGGGCACGUCGGCCGACUGCACCACCUGGUACCGGGUGCUGCGGCGCGAGCUGCGGCUGCGGGCGCUGAGGGAGGGCCAGCUGCCCAGCGUGGCCGGGGCGGCGCGGCUGCUGUCCGGCCUGCUGGCCCGCUACCGGGGCCUGGACCUGUGCGUGGCCACUGCUCUGUGUGGCUGGGACCGCUCGGGGCCCGCCCUCUUCUACGUGUACAGCGACGGCACCCGCCUGCAGGGCAACAUCUUCUCGGUGGGCUCGGGGUCCCCCUAUGCCUACGGGGUGCUGGACCGUGGCUACCGCUAUGACAUGAGUACCCCAGAGGCCUAUGAGCUGGCCUGCCGCGCCGUGGCCCAUGCCACCCACCGGGACGCCUACUCAGGGGGCUCCGUGGACCUCUUCCACGUGCGGGAGACCGGCUGGGAGUACGUGUCCCGCCACGACGCCUGGGUGGUGUACCAGGAGCUGCGGGAGCAGGAGGAGUCCGUGGAAGAGGAAGAGGAGGGAGAGCUGGUCAGCUUGGCCAGGCCUGCAUCCCAGUCUGGAUCCAGAGCCUCCAGGUAUCCCCUGGAGUUCUGUGCAGAGACUGAAGCCCUGUGAGAAGUGGCAUCUAAGCCCAGGGAGCUCCUGGCACCUGGCCCAGCCUCUGGGGCUGCCAGGUCCAUUCACUUCCUGCCUCCAGCCCUUGAUGCUUCUUGGCAGCUUGCUCUAACCUGUGCCUGCAGUCCCUGGAGACCCAGCCAGAAAGCUCUCUCUGCAAACACUCACAGCCAGUUCUCAGUCCUCCUGUUUCAGGACAG